GACUCAGAAGGUUCUUCGACCAAGACAAGUCGUAAAAAGAUUCUCACCCCUGAAGAAAAGGCAAGCUUGGAAGCAAUGGCUUGUCCGGGUGAGAUGCCUCCUGACGAAAGGAAGCGACAGUACAGUGCCAUGCGCAGGGCAAUUGUCAAAACCUGUGAACCAGCACUGUUAGCAAAGUGGUCGAUGCUCAAACAAUGGCUUCUCAAUGAUGGCAAGACGGACUCCAUUACAGUAGAGGAGAAGUACUCGAAAUGGGUUGAGCAACUUCGUUCUGACCGUUAUGUAACUGUUACCAAACUGCAGCUGUACAAGAUCUAUGGGAAAAGCAAAGAGGCCAAAGCAUUUAUCGAUGAGCUGUGUCGUGGACAGCAGGGUGUGCCCCACCCGCAGGCACCAAAUGUUGAAGCUGCCAAGAUGUACAAAGUCCUCCGAGAAGUGCUGGAGACAACCAGCAGUGGAUCUCGGAAUGACCUUGCGAUUGGGACCGGAGGUCGGGUGCGGGAUGAGGCCAUGAAGUCGUUGGUGGCCAAACAGCUGGGUGUUGCCACGGGGAACUUAGAAGGACAAGGCUUGUUGGACCUCAAGACUGGCCGCAUCCAGUCGAAGAAAGCGAAGAAAGAAAAAACGCCUGAGCAGCAAGCGUUAGUGGAAUGCAAAACGCUCUCGAACAAGUUCCCUAGCGGAUCGAUUUAGUUUUCGUUAGGGUUGGCCCAUGAACUUUUCCCUACCUUCGAUUCGUGUGUCUCGUUUCCAAGGUUCAAGAGGAUGGCAAAUGAGAUUCCUGCUUGCAUCAAGGACAUUGCCGAUUAUGAUGUCAGGAAUUCUUCUGAGCUAGCAUCUUGGCAUUCGUUUGAUCUCUUAGGUAGUGGAAGGCUGUG